AUGGAUAUAUUACAAUCUAUGUACGCUAAGCAACAAAAAAAAUUAGAGGAGGCUAUGCAGGAAAUAUCGUCCCUCAAAAAUGAAAAUACUAAGCUUCGCGAAAAUCAAAUAAAAAUAAAUUCCAGAUUAACUAUUAUGGAAAAAGAAACAAGAGUAAAUAAUUUAGAAUUUCAUUGCAUACCAGAAAACCGUGGUGAAAACUUAGUCAACAAUUUACAACAAAUAGGAAAAACUAUAUGUAGCUAUGUAGUAGAUGGUCAUAUAGUUAAAUGCACCCGGAUUGCGAAGUGGAAUAAGGAGAACAAUCGUCCACGAACUGUUUUGGCGAAGUUUGCAACACCCCUAUUGAGAGAUAAAUUCUUUGCUAAUGUAAUAAAUUACAUUAAACCCAUCCGUCUGAUAAACUGA